AUGACUGUAGCCAAAGACAACCUAGCCGAAAUUCAAACGCUGGGCGCUCAGCUCGACUACGCGCCCUACGACGAGGUAGUCACGUCUCCACAGACCUAUGACCCUGGCGCCGUCUCCUUCAAAAUACACUUCGGUCAUAUCAUCGACGAGCAAAGCAAGACGCAGCAAGAAGUUUGGGUACUUCUCUAUCCACCCAUCAACGAAAAAGCACAUGCUGGAGUUCAGUUUCACUCAUCUCAUCCCGAUACGGGGGCUUUGGUCAAGUAUGACGAGAGCAACAUCAGCACUACGGUCUCCGCACUCGCCAAAGCGUUCCGCAACCCCAAGAAAGCGACGAAGGGCAAACACGCGGCAUUGGCGAAGUACUACUAUCUGAUGGCUCUCGCUGCGGAGGAGACAGAGACAGGACGCGCUAGUGAGCUGAAGAUACCUAUACCGAUAAAUCAGACGCUUUCGGAAAACUUGAAAGUCGUUUGCCGCGAGUUCAAGGAGGAAGCAAAAGAACCACAGUCAGACACAAUCGGGGACGGUGAUAGUAGCGAUCUCAGCGAUCCACCAGAUGACCCUCUUAAGCCUACUCAGCAGCCAGUAGAGUCGGUCUCAAUAGUCACUCCGAAUCCUUUUCAUAUCCCCACUUCGAAUUCCCAGCAGGCUGAUGCUCUCCGCGCGGCUAUCGACGAGGAAAUCCAGCUCCAGAGUUCCAACAACGAUCUAGUAAACGAGAAAACUGAGUUAGAGGCUGCGCGCCAAGAGAUCGCAGGAAAACUUCAGCAGGUGGAAAGAGCACUUCAGCAGACGGAGCAGCAGCUCCAGGCCAAUGACGAAGAAAGGGCAUCGAUCGAGAUUCGCCGGGGACAGGUAUUGGAAGGGAUGAGUGCUGCGGACGCGUUUGAGCUGGGUAGAUCGAUGGAGCGUGAAGUGAAGCGUCGGAAGCUCGAUUGA